UUCUUUUUUAAUCAAUUAACAAAAAUGGAGAAUCGUUUACGAAGAAGAUCACAAACAUUAUCUGUACAAGCAGCAGUAUCUAGAUUAACACCUGCUCAAAUGUAUUCUAAUUUUGAAGAAUGGAUUAAAAUGUGUACAGAUAAUAAAGUCAAUGCAACAAAUACUUGGAAUUUUGCUUUGAUUGAUUAUUUUCAUGAAAUGACCUUUCUUCGUGAAGGCGAUUCAAUUAACUUUCAAAAGGCGUCUUGUACCUUGGAUGGCUGUGUUAAGAUCUAUACCUCACGUGUAGAUUCAGUUGCAAAUGAGACUGGCAAAUUAUUAAGUGGUCUUGCUGAUAGCAAUACACAUGGUAAUGAAGGCGAUGAUGACACAAGACAAGAAAAACGUGUUCGUCGAAAGACAAAUCGAUCUGAAGCAACAUUGUUAAAAGAUUUUUCUUCCAUUGCUUUAAAAAAAUUUGAUCUAGAUUUUGCAGUUGAUCCUUUGUUUAAAAAAACAUCAGCAGACUUUGAUGAAGGAGGAGCUAGAGGUCUUUUGUUGAAUCACUUAAGUUUAGACCAAAAUGGAAAAAUUAUAUUCGAUGCAUCAGAUGCUACAAUCGAAUGUGAGAACGAUGAAGGUGAUAAUGGUGAGCAAAACAUGAUAUCUAUUGACAACAUUGAACAUCAACCACAAGAGCAAUACAAUGAUGAGGAAAAAAUAGAUGAUCCUAUGGAAGAAGAGACAACAGAAAACCAAAAUGAAAUAAUACCCGAAUCAAUGGAGAUUGACUCACUACCUACCAUAAAAGAAAUCUCACCUACUGUAGAAGAAGAUGCAACUCAAUUGAAAAACGAAGCUCGUAUUGAAAUCUUCAGAUUAAAAUCUAAAUUACCAAAGAUGCAAUUAUUGCCUGAUUUUCACAUUGUACCAUUUCUUAAAGAUUAUAACUUUUUCACAGAUGAUAAUGAUGAUUUGGCUAUUCCUGAUUUAGAUAACGAUGAUGAUGAUGAUGAAAAUGACAAUAAUGUAUCAGCUAAUAAUGAUUUUGAUUUUGAUGAUGAUUUUGAUGUUAAUUAUGGAGAAAAUGAUGUUGAUCCUUUCCAAUUUGAUGAUACACAACAGGAAGAUACACAACAACAAGAACCCUUAAGUACUUCUUUUGUAGAUAAACCCAUUCAAGAACAUGACUUUUUAUCCGCCAUAAUUCACACAGGAGAUCACGACAUGUUUAAUUAUUUCGAUUCAACGCUUGUCAAGAACUGGGCAGGACCUGAACAUUGGAAGUUGCGACGAAAACCUAUUGAAAAAGAAGAAUCUCAACAACAACAACAACAACAACAACAACAAAAUUCAACAGCGAAACGAAAAACACGUACUGUAACAGAUAAUUCUUUACCAUUUCAACAAAUACUUGAAGAUAAUGUUGAAAAUAACGAUCCUUUUGAGAGUACUACAAAGAAAUUAACAUUGACAAAAGAUGCUAUAUCGAAGAUGACUGGUCAUCUUUUACCAGAAGAUAUUCAUUUUUCAUCCAAAGUUUUAUUACAAUAUUCAUUAAAGCCUGCUUUGCCAUCUAAUGGACGAAGGAAGAAACAGACAAUAAAUCAAAUAGAAGAAGCUAUAACAGAUCCUGCAGAUGAUGGUGUCAUGAAUUCAGAUGUUAAUUUUUGGGCUAAUCAAACACAAGAUUAUGGUGAUGAUGUAAUAGAUGACGAUGAUAAUCUACCAACUGACGCAUAUGGAUCUGAAGCCAAUAUAGACCAAACCAUCUUAACGGCAUUUGAUGAAACAUCAUUUUAUCAAGAUAACUAUGAUGAUCCUGAAAUAUCAGUGCUUUAUGGAGAUGAACUUAUUACAAAUCAUCAUCUCAAGAAAACCAAACCACUAUACGUUAAUUAUGCUCGAACAGCAAAAAGAGUAGAUAAAAGAUAA